AUGACAAAGGUAAAGCUCUACUAUCAAAACAUCCAUGGAGAUGAUCAUGUGAUGAUAACUGUCGAUAUUGAAACUGUUUCAACUGUUGGGGACUUGAAAGGAUUAGUCGUGGAGCAGCUAAAAGACAGUUGGAGCCAGCAGAAUCCACCAUUUCAGCUCAAGAAAAAGCAUAUUCAGAUCCAUCACGUCAUAGGAGGUGAGCUCAAAGCCAUUAAGGAUAACGCAACGCAGUGCAAUGACGAGUGGGUCUACCUUGCUUUGGAAGUUUUUGUCAACGAGAUAGAUGCCUUUGAUGUUGCGGACCGUGGGAAAAUCUGGCAGGAAGACACCGAGGAGAAAAAGCUCGACGACGCGAUGGUCGACAAAGAAGGCGACGUCAAGGCGGCCAACGAAACUCUCGUCCAUACAGUUGCUCUUGUAAAAGUGAACGGUGCUUCUCUAUUUUGCAAAGAUAAAUGCAUGCCCAUUGCAACUCCAGUCGACCCUUGCGGUCCCAUCCAAGUAACCGAACUGCUCGGCAAAACAAAGAUGUCAUUGGAACAGUAUCAAACACUACUUCAGGAAAAGGGAAAGCGGCACCCACUUUUGAAAUAUCUACGAACCAACCUUUCUCGUGGAAAGGAUUGGAAUCGACCACUAGACUCUAGUUUGGAACCAAGUCCCGCGGCAGAGCGUUUUGUAAAUUGCACAAGAAGAGAGAAGAACUGGGCGAAGCAGAAGGGAGAACCCAUAACAGUCAACAAACGAGCGUCAUACUUUCGCUUCAAAGUUUCUUCGGAACAGGAGGAGUGUGCUAAAUGGAAAAUCAACGGCGUCGACAAAGUAAUCACGCCAGUGGGAUUCCUUAAAUGGGGAGAAAACAUCUUGGAAAAGGAGGAUCUCGAUUCAAUGCUACGAAUUUUCUACAAUCCGGAUGAGGGGACGGAACCACAGUUUUUCACCGGCACAGUGGGCAACAAAUAUGGUAGCUUUUAUCUAUUCCCAAAGGCGGUGGCACAAUUCCAACUCCAUGACAUCAAAAUGGAAGCUUCAGCUGAGCCAAAGGCUCCUGAAGGAGACUUUGACGAGUCUGUGAAGACAUUGUACGAAGCUGCUCUGAUCCUAUUCUACGCAAGUGAUGACGAAGGCGUCCAAAAAGCUAUAGUAUAG